GCUAAAAUGGUUCCCAAUUUCGCUUUACCAUCAUCACCAUGAGCAGCAGAGUCUCUUAGUUAAUCCUAAACCGCGAACUCACAAUCCUUGAUCGAGUUUGUUAGUUCGUUCCUUAGUUAGUUAUUGUUCAAUCAAUCAAUUAGUUAGUUAGUUAGUUAGUUGUAGGGUUUUUACUUCCUUCAGCAGCUGCUCAUGGCAAAACGAAACGGCUUCGUUGUGAUCUCUUCCGACGAUGAAGAAGGAUCCGAGAAUCGCUCGUUGAAAGGGAGUAGAACCAGAAGCAGCAGCAGAAACUGUAAGAGGCCGAAGUCGAGUUCGAGUUCAACAAGCUCACGUGGAAAGAAGAGGGCUAGAGAUUCUGCGUCUCGUUCUCGCCUCUCUAAGCUCCAUGAGAUCAGCUUAUUUGAAGAUGACUUCAAUGAUGUGUUCACAGGGUCAAAGGUAUCUGCUGGUACUAGGAGGAGCAUUGGAGAGGAGCUGUGGGUUGAUAAAUACAAGCCCCUUUCUGUGGAAGAACUUGCUGUUCACAAGAAAAAGGUUGAUGAGGUUAAGAUGUGGUUUGAUGAAAGGGUGAAUCCUUCAAAGGAUGUCAUCGGAAGUAAUGUUCUUGUCAUCACUGGACAGGCGGGAGUUGGAAAAUCCGCUACUAUUCAUGUAAUUGCAUCUCACCUGGGCGCAGUAGUAUGUGGAUGGGACACACCUACACCUGUACUUUGGCAAGAGCAUCUUUACAAUUCCGGCGCAGGAGUAAAAUACACAUCCAAGUUGGAAGAAUUUGAAACUUUUGUUGAGAGAAUACGGAAAUAUGGAGUAAUGUCAGCUUCCCUUACAAGCGAGUCAAAGCCAUCUGUCAUACUUUUAAUAGAUGACCUUCCCUUGACAAAUGGGAAAGCUGCUUUCGGAAGGCUUAAAGAUUGCUUGCACCUGUUAGUGCGCUCAGCUCAGGUACCCACAGCAAUAUUGUUCACCGACUAUGGCAUUACUGAUUCAGCAGAUCCGAAUGCACGAAACCUGCAUGAACUUCAGCUAUCUCUAGAGAGUUCUGGGGCUUGUAAGGUGGCAUUCAAUCCAAUCACUACUAAUUCUAUUAAGAAGGUUCUCUUUAGAAUAUGCCAAAUGGAGCAGUGGUCCUUUUCUCAAUCCGCUGAUGCUCUUGGUCCAUUACAAGAUCACAGUAAUACAUCUGAAGGAUUAGAGGAUGGAUAUUCAUUGAAUUUUGGCAGAGAUGAGACACUUAAUUUAUUUCAUGCCUUGGGGAAGUUUCUACACAAUAAGAGGGAGGCUGGUGCUGCAGUAAACUAUGACCAACAUGGCUUUCAUAUACAAGAAAGAUUUUCAAGAUUACCUUUAAAAAUGGAUGUCCCAGAGAAGAUUCUUUCUCAAGCCCAUGUACAGCCGGGACAGGUUGCUGAUUUUCUGCAUGAAAAUGUUCUGGAGUUUGUGGAUGCUGAAGCAAUAGAUGAUGCAUGUACCGUGUCUACAUAUCUAGGUGAUGCAGACAUCCUUCUUUCUAAACUUCGGGGAGCGCUAUCUAGUUAUAAUGAAGCAGAGAGCAUGCUGCAGUCAGCUGCUGCAUCAAUUGCUGUGCGCGGGGUUCUGUUUGGAAAUUCUCAUGUAGUAUCAUCUAGGUGGCACGCAAUUCGUAGACCAAAUCUCUGGAAGGUUGAGAAAUCAUCACUUUACAACAAGGAUGAGUUGUUUAGGUUGAGAGACUCUGAUUGGAAAUUGAGUUCUUAUAAUACAUCUGUUAUGGCCAUGGAGUACAUGCCUAUGCAAAAACUGCUUGGAGAUAGGGCAUGUUAUCAGGAUUCAGUGCAGGACUUGGAUAUGGAAGAUGCUGAUUUUGACAAAAUGAAUUUAGAUGCCCAAGAAGAUGAUGAUGAUGAGAUAGAAGAUUGGUAAAGAUUCUACUAUGGGGAAUGAUAAGUUUUGUGAGUAGUUUUUGUUAUCACUGUGAUGUAACAACAUACGUGUCAAGGUGGUAAAGUGUUAGUCCAAUUUCCUUGAUUAAAUUUUCGGUCUGGGAAAAAAGAGUGAUCCCAUUGUAAAUAUCAACUUUUAUUUUAUCAAAG